GCUGGGAGGGCGGGGCCAGAGCACUGGCGUGAUAAGUAGAGGAGCACGGGAGGGGAGGACAGACGGAGAGGACAUGGAGCGUCCAGCUCUGCUGCUGUUUGUGGGUCUCUGCAGCUCAGGACUGUGGGCUGAACACACAACAGGUCCAGAAGAAUUCAGGUUGGUAGGAACAGACAGUCGCUGUGCUGGUGGACUGCAGAGGAGGAUCCAGGGAUCUGAGUGGAGUGACGUAUGGGAAAGAAACAUGACGAUUCUAGCCAAUGUUUGCAGAAGACUGGAUUGUGGUUCUGUGGUGUCAGCCAGAGAAACAAGAUAUAAUAUAAACAUAACUUGUUCAGACUCUGUCAGGCUGGAGAACGGAUCCAGUCGGUGUUCAGGCAGGCUGGAGGUGAAGUCCAACAACUCGUGGUCCUCCGUGUGUGAAGAUGACUUUGACCUGCUGGAUGCAGAGGUGGUCUGUAGGGAGCUGGGCUGUGGGGCUCCUUCAGUCCUCCAGGGGGCGCUCUAUGGAGAAGCAGAAGCUCCCAUAUUGAGCAGAGAGUUUCUCUGUGAAGGUCAUGAGUCUGUUCUUCUGGACUGUGGAAGCUCAUGGAGGAAAACAAAAGCCUGUCCACCUGACAAAGCUGUUGGACUCACCUGCUCAGAUCCUGCUACUGUGAGACUGAUGGGAUCGAGUCGUUGUUCUGGUGAACUCCAGGUGAAAAGCGGAGGAGAAUGGAGAGCUGUUGAUGGAUGGAGAUUUGAAAGAACAGAGACAUUACCAUCUGUGUGCAAGAACCUGAAGUGUGGACCCCACGUUUCAUCGACGAUUAAAAAACUUCCAAGAGAAAAGCCAGUUUUCUGGAUUAGUUCUACCUGCUUUGAUAAAUUUUCACUAAAUAUGGAUGAAUGUGUGUAUUACGAUACAAUGAGCAGCCAGACGUUGGAAAUCACCUGCUUAGGUAACAAACCUUCUGAUGCCGACUACUCUGUCAUGCUGGAGAACGGAUCCAGUCGGUGUUCAGGCAGGCUGGAGGUGAAGUCCAACAACUCGUGGUCCUCCGUGUGUGAAGAUGACUUUGACCUGCUGGAUGCAGAGGUGGUCUGUAGGGAGCUGGGCUGUGGGGCUCCUUCAGUCCUCCAGGGGGCGCUCUAUGGAGAAGCAGAAGCUCCCAUAUUGAGCAGAGAGUUUCUCUGUGAAGUCACAACGGCACAGACUCCACCAGACUUGGGCUUCACCGUCGAUUUCCCCGCUCUACGGAGAGAAGCCACGGAGAUCCCUAAGGAGGACGGAUGCAUCGCGGCAUGCAGCAACCCGGACCGGGCCUCGAGGAUCACCGCUAAAGCCCCAUCAUCAGGAUCAGACAGGCGCCUGCAACUGGAUAUCCCCGCCUCCUUGUGGGCUCCAUCAUCUUCCUCCCGCCGUCGGAUCCUGAAGGAAGCCAUCCGCUUCCAUUCCAGCAAGGCUCGGGCCUCGCCGCCGCGGAUGGAUCACCGACCGCAAGAUAAGUCGAUCCUAGGUGGAAAAGCUUGUGAACAGCUGCACCUGGUGAAACGAAUUGAGACAAUCGCAGCAGCAAAGUCUCCACAGCCAACCAAACCACCAGCAACCAAGGAAGAGCUCAUUGAGAAGUAG